AUGGCGCCUUUGCUUUUCUUUGCUGUAUUCCUAUUCGGCACAGCACUUGAUGGAGCAGUCGGCCAAGAAGAUGGCUUUCUAAGCAUCGACUGUGGCAUGGAUCCCAACUACGGCAGCUACAAGAACCCAGAUGACGGCAUCGUCUACGAGCCCGACGGCCAAUAUGUCGAUGGCGGGGAGAACCAUAUGGUAGCCCCUGAGCACCAGAGUGGGACGUUUCGACCCUACUCCACAGUGAGGAGCUUUCCCUCCGGCGUACGGAACUGCUACGCGCUGCCGACCGUGGCCGGAGCCAAGUAUCUUGUCCGGGUGAGAUCUGCCUAUGGCAACUACGAUGGCAAGAACAGCUCGUCGACGAUUCAGUUCGAUCUCUACCUUGGGGUGAAUUACUGGGCCACCGUAAAAGAUCCCUGGAACGAGUUCCACGAGGCAUUGUUCGUGGCAUGGGCAAGCUGGGUGCCGGUGUGCCUGCUGAACACCGGCCGUGGCACGCCAUUUGCGUCGUCGGUGGUGCUGAGGAGACUCAGCAGCGAGCUCUAUCCGGUCAUCAACGCCAAACAGUCCAUGCGCAUGAUUUCAAGGAAAAACGUGGGCUCAGACAUUUCCACUUUAAGUCUAGAUAGUUUAGAACCGUCUUUGACCGACUAG